AUGACGAGGGUUUUACAGCGACUGAUGUACAAAACCCAGGUACCGUCUCAUUGUUUUCAACUCCAAUUCGGGCCUUUCAAUUCCACCACACAACGUCGAUGGAAGAAACCGGUGGUUACAGCACAAACCCGAUUGGAAGAUCGAACAAGGGACCUGAAACUCGAUUACCUCAUGACCAACUUCCGGAAAAUCAGCUUAAUUCUAAUCCUCCGCGACCUCAUGUGUGCUCGCCGAAGAGGACCCUUUGUUUCCGUACAGAUAAUGUCUCGUUGGAACAAUAUUGUUGGUCUGAAUGUACCCAUUGGUGGUUUCCUCCGAAAAUACCCCCACGUGUUCGACGUAUUUACUCACCCAAUUAAGCGAAAUAUUUGUUGUAAAUUAACUUCGAAGAUGACCAUGUUGCUUCAAGAAGAAAGUAAUGUGAUCAGGGAUAUGGAAUUAGAUAAUGUAAGAAGGAUAAAAAAACUUUUGAUGAUCUCUGUUACUGGUACUCUUCAUAUCCAUGCUUUGAGGUUGAUCAGAAGGGAACUGGGUUUACCUGAAGAUUUCCGCGAAUCAAUUCUUGCGAAGUAUUCUAGUGAGUUUGAGUUGGUUGAUUUGGAGAUAGUGAAAUUGAUUAAUAGGGAUGGUGUUGAUGAGGGUUUGAAGGUAGCUGAAGUGGAGAAGUGGAGGGAGAGAGAGUAUAGGGAAAAAUGGUUGAGCGAAUUCGAGACAAAAUAUGCCUUUCCCAUUAAUUUCCCUACCGGGUUCAAGAUUAUAGCAGGGUUCAAAGGGAAAUUGAAGGAUUGGCAAAGACUUCCUUAUGUCAAACCUUAUGAAAGAAAGGAGGUUUUUCGGGCUUCGACUUGUGGAGGGAUUGAGCAGUUUGAGAAGCGAGCUGUUGGGAUUCUUCAUGAGCUUUUGAGCUUAACAGUGGAGAAGAUGGUUGAGGUUGAACGCUUAGCACACUUCAGGAGAGAUUUCGGAAUCCCAGUUAAUCUUCGUGAGCUCAUUCUGAAGCAUCCUGGAAUCUUCUACAUAUCUACACGAGGUAGUACCCAAAUGCUUUUCCUUAGAGAAGCAUACCGUAAAGAUUAUCUUGUUUCCCCAAAUCCUGUGUAUGUUGUUCGAAGAAAAAUGUUGGACCUUAUCUUGCUGGGAUGCCGGAGUACUAGAGAACUGGACAGUCCAAGGCAAGUGAAGGAGAGUGUUGGUGAUCAAAAUCGAGGUGCCGUGGUAGAGAGUGACUUUGUAACUUCAAUUUUAGAAAAUUUAGAUGACAACAAUGAUGGUAACAAAGAGAAUGGAGAGGACACUGCAGCAGUUUAUAGAGAAGAGGCAUCUGCUACAUGAUAGUUCGAUUCAUGAGUUGGCUUGUGAACGCGAACCCUCAUUCUGGGAGGUAAUUUGUUGCUUGUGGCCACGUAGAUGAUAGAUAGGAAGUCCAAAUGCAGCAGUUUUCUUGAGACGAGACUCUUGGUGACCCAAGAUCAACUUGUUUAGUGCUUGUCUUUUCAGUUAUUAUGUUGAGCUUUUGAGUGGGACAACGGCAACAAUGAAGAUCGGAGGAUGUCAUGUCUCAUAGUUGUGACAAGGUCUAUUUUCCUAUCUGAUGGUUGGAGAAGAACAAGCCUAAGGGGGUGGUAAAAUAUAAAAAUAACUGAUUUUUGUUUAUAAUAAUCCUAUCAUAAUUUAAUUUUCGUCAUUUGACUGCAUUCGGGUGUAUAUGGUUCUACUUCUACCACAAUUUUGUAUUGCCAAAUAACUUGCAAGAAACCCUGAGUAAGAUCUAGGUUUCAAGCCUCUUAGGGCCACUGGACUGCUAAUUACAGGAACUUCUGGACCUCCACACGACAGGGAUGAAGACGAGUGUAGAGCAGGUGCAUACUUACUGCAUGUAAAUGCAGUUUGUAUUCUACUUAUCGAAUCAUUCCAACAAAACUCAGAGAAACUUCUUAAAUUGCACUUCCUCCAUUUGAUUCCUAAACUCUAGGGGUAAAGGAAUGUAAGGUGGA